AUGGGGAGGUACCAUCUGGAGUACUUUCUGACGACUGACAUGGUUGCGAACAACUUGACCUUCACACAAGGAGACAUGGACUCUGAGAAUGUGUUCGACAUGUACUGUGCUCCCGAGGUUCCUGAAGCUCCUGCGAGCAAGAAAAAAGCCAGUAGGCGGCAUCAGGGGGAAAGCAGUAAAGCGCCUUCGGCCAAGAAAUCCCGCACUGCAGACCCUCCAGCAAAUGGAUCGUCAACAAAUGCAACACCACCUCCUUCUCCUCUCGAGCAGCAAACUCCUCCUGCUCCUGUCGGGUCGACACCUUCUCCACCGGCUCCAACCGACCAAACUCAGCAGGUUGCCCCUGCUUCCAUAGGGGGCGACAUACCGAGCCGUGCCUUAAGAUAA